UCCUUUUUCUCCGUACAAAAAUCAAUUGAUACAUAGAAAUGUCUUACAAAUCUUGUUUAACAUGGUGUAUUGGUAGUUUAAUCAUCAUGUUCAUCUUGGUAGGCUUACCCAUAAUCAUCUAUUACGCCGUAGUCCAACCCAAAAACCCGACAUUCACCCUCGACCACGCCUCCGUGACCGGAUUCAACCUAACAUCCGACAAUCAUUUUACGGCGUUCUUUGAUUUGGUGAUUCGGGCUAAUAACCCGAACCACAAAAUGAAGCUCAAGUACUCGCGAGUUCGAGUUAAUAUAUUUAAAAAUAAACAAAGGUUGGCCGAAGAUGCCUUGGAUAAGUUUUCGCAAAGAAAAAGGAAUGUAACUUUGUUACGAUCUGAGGUCGUCGCACUUAACGUGAAACUUAAGGAAUCUCCUGGUUCUAAUAUUCGGUUUGAAACUGAGUCCGGGUACAUUGAUUUUGAUGUUUUUAUGACGGCCACUUUAAAUUCCAAUAAUUUGGAGGUUAAUUGUAAGCACGCAAUUGUGAAUAUAAGUGAACAAACUAUUGAAGCGUCCGCUCCUAACAAUAAAUUGAAUCAUAAUUUUCGAAGCAUAGGAUGCAGUGUACGUGUUUAUAACGAUGAUGCUUAAAUUUUGUUACUUUUAUGAUCUUGUUCACAUUUUUUUAUUAU